CAUUCUGGAGAGUGGUGAGCGACACAGGGAGAGAGGCACAGUACAGUUUGAACGAUCCCACACUAUCAAAAAUGAAGACCAUUCUAUCUUCCGAGACCAUGAACAUCCCUGACGGUGUUAGCAUCAAGGUUAACGCCAAGGUGAUCGAGGUCGAAGGCCCACGCGGCAAGCUCGUUCGUGACUUCAAGCAUCUCAACCUAGAUUUUGAUCUCAUCACCGAUGAGGAAGGGAAGAAGAAGCUCAAGAUCGACGCCUGGUUCGGUUCCCGGAAAACCUCUGCCGCCAUCAGAACCGCUCUCAGCCACGUCGAGAAUCUCAUCACUGGUGUCACCAAGGGUUUCCGCUACAAGAUGAGGUUUGUGUAUGCUCAUUUUCCUAUCAAUGCUAGCAUUACCAAUGAGAACAAGUCCAUCGAGAUCCGUAACUUUCUCGGUGAGAAGAAGGUGAGGAAAGUUGAUUUGCUUGAUGGAGUUUCAAUUGUUCGAUCUGAGAAGGUGAAGGAUGAGGUUGUUUUGGAUGGAAAUGACAUUGAACUUGUUUCUCGAUCAUGUGCUCUUAUUAACCAGAAAUGCCAUGUUAAAAAGAAGGAUAUCAGGAAGUUUCUUGAUGGUAUUUAUGUUAGUGAGAAGGGAGCUGUAGUUGUUGAAGAAUAGACUGAUACUAUCAUAAGCAUAUCUUUUUUGUAGUUUCAUUUGAGGUUUUCUUGUUUAUGGAUUAUUGCUUACUCUUUUGUUGGGUACUUGGAGACAGUUUACAUUUGUUUUUGAGUAUGGAUGUUUUUGUUAUCAAGGUUUUGUCGUUGGGAAUAUCUUACUUAAACCUAUUGCUCUCA